GGUCCCAGGGGCGGGGCUAAAUGCGAAAGGGGGUCCACCUUGCAUUCUCAGCUCGCCGCCGCCGCCGCCGCCGCCACCUCCAGUGAACGGCGAGAGUCAUGUUGCCCAACACGGGGAAGCUGGCAGGAUGUACAGUUUUUAUCACAGGUGCAAGCCGUGGCAUUGGCAAAGCUAUUGCAUUGAAAGCAGCAAAGGAUGGAGCAAAUAUUGUCAUUGCUGCAAAGACCACACAGACACACCCCAAACUUCCAGGCACGAUCUAUACUGCUGCUGAAGAAAUUGAAGCAGCUGGAGGAAGGGCCUUGCCCUGUGUUGUUGAUGUGAGAGAUGAACAGCAAAUCAACAGUGCAGUAGAGAAAGCAGUUGAGAAGUUUGGAGGAAUUGACAUUUUGGUCAAUAAUGCCAGUGCUAUUAGCUUGACCAACACGUUGGAAACACCUACAAAGAGAGUGGAUUUGAUGAUGAGUGUGAACACCAGAGGCACCUACCUUACAUCUAAAGCCUGUAUUCCGUACUUGAAAAAGAGUAAAAUUGCUCACAUCCUCAAUCUCAGUCCGCCACUGAAUCUGAAUCCCAUGUGGUUCAAACAGCACUGUGCUUAUACCAUUGCUAAGUAUGGUAUGUCUAUGUGUGUUCUUGGGAUGGCAGAAGAAUUUAGAGGUGAAAUUGCAGUCAAUGCAUUAUGGCCUAAAACUGCCAUACACACCGCUGCCAUGGAUAUGCUAGGAGGAUCUGGGAUUGAAAGUCAGUGUAGAAAAGUGGAAAUCAUUGCGGAUGCUGCGUAUUCCAUUUUCAGAAAGCCAAAAAGUUUUACUGGCAACUUUAUCAUUGAUGAAAAUAUCUUGAAAGAAGAAGGAAUAAAAAAUUUCGACAUCUAUGCAGUUAAACCAGGACAGCCUUUGUUACCAGAUUUCUUCUUAGAUGAACACCCAGAUGUGGGCAUCAAGAAAAUAGAAUCACAUGGUCCUGUUCCAGAAAUCAAAGAAGAGAAGUCGCGGCCACAACCCAAACCACAACGUUCUGGACCUGUGGAGGAGACGUUCAGAAUCGUUAAGGACUCUCUCAGUGAUGAUGUUGUUAAAGCUACUCAAGCCAUCUAUCAAUUUGAACUCUCUGGUGAAGAUGGUGGCACAUGGUUUCUUGACCUGAAAAACAAGAGCGGGAAUGUUGGAUAUGGAGAGCCCUCUGAUCGAGCAGAUGUGGUCAUGAGUAUGUCUACUGAUGAUUUUGUAAAAAUGUUUUCAGGGAAACUAAAACCAACAAUGGCAUUUAUGUCAGGAAAAUUGAAGAUUAAAGGAAACAUGGCGCUAGCGAUCAAAUUGGAGAAACUAAUGAAUCAGAUGAAUUCCAGACUGUGAAAGAAAAGACAAAAAAAAGUCCAAGAGAUCGACAGUUAAGCCCCAGUGCUUGUUUUCUUCCCUCUUGUGUUAUAAGGCUACGCAUGUUUGUUCUGAAAAAAAUAGAAUUUCUGUAUCUAUAAGACUUGAAAUUGUAAUUAAAACAGCUAGCUAAUCAAACAUAAGCUUCAUGAGUGGAAUUCUAGGACAUUCUGUGUUUUGUAUUUCAAGGGUUUUGCCCUCUGAGCAACCACUGUCAUCUUUCAGGAAAAGUACAUAUUAUGAGCAACCAGUCAGGGUCAAGCACUAAAAUUAGGUCUUUUCAAAGCUUCUUCUCAUUUAAAGUGAAGUUGGUCUGUUUUAACAUUUUUAGCCUUUGAUUGUAUAUUAAUGGAAAUCUUAAUGGUGUUGGAUUUUUAUAUACUUAUUUUAAAGGAAAAAUAGGUGCUUUCUACAGACAUUAUGUAAUAAACUACUUAAUAAAUACUA